AUAAUAUAAAAAUAAAGCCUUAUACAACUGCAUUCAUGCAAUACAUACAAAGAGUCAGGGAUGAAGUGGUUAACAGAGCUUCUAGUAUAAGUAAACAGAGAAUAGUGGGAGGCGCUUAUUCAGAUUGACAAGUAACUUGUAAUGUGAUUUCAAAAGAGACUGAACAAAUAGAACGACUGACAAAUCCAGAGCUGCAGUUCCUCCUCCUGGCAGCCAUCCACGUGCCGUCUGAACUCUUCAUGUGUUGUAACACGGUACACUACCAAAGUACAGAGGAAGCCUGCAGCAUGUCACAACUCUCCCGCGCUUUGGUGUCCAUAAACUGGCUCUCUCAGGCCUUAAAAACAUGCAAGCCAGGUCCGAGUGUGCGCGUCCUGGAUGCCUCCUUCUACUACCCACCUAUCAGAGAUGGGCGCAGGGAGUACACAGAGAAGCAUAUCCCUGGAGCUUUAUAUUUUGACAUUGAUGAAUGCAAAGACAAGACUUCUCCGUAUGAAGUUAUGCUUCCCAGCGAGUCUCAUUUUGCAGACUACGUGGGCAAUCUUGGCAUAAACAAUGACUCCCAUGUCGUGAUUUAUGAUGCCGAUCAAUUGGGUGUUUAUUACGCUGCAAGAGCCUGGUAUAUGUUUAGGGUAUUUGGGCACAAAAAAGUGUCUGUUCUGAAUGGAGGCUUCCGGAACUGGGUCAAGCAGGGCCUUCCUGUGACGUCAGAGGUGGUGAAACCAAAGCCGGAGUCUUACCGCGCGGUGCUGGACCCUUCUCUGGUGAAGACCUAUGAGGACAUUCAGAGGAACAUGAAAACAAAAGAAUGUCAGCUAGUAGAUUCACGUUCUGAAGGGCGAUACAAGGGGACAGAGCCAGAGCCUGGCGAAGGUAUAUACCCCGGUCAUAUUCCUGGAUCUUUAAACCUCCCAUUUACGAGCUUCUUGACAGAAGAAGGAUUUGAGAAGACCCCAGAUGAAAUGAGGCAACUUUUUCAGGAAAAAGGAAUUGAUCUGACAAAGCCUCUGACCAUUACUUGUCGGCGUGGUGUUACUGCGUGCCAGCUGGUACUGGCUUCAUACAUUUUAGGCAAGGAGGAUACUGCUGUCUAUGAUGGGUCAUGGUAUGAAUGGUUCCACCGGGCUAAACCAGAAGACAGAGUCACUUUGUGGAAGGAAAAGUGAUGAGUGAGAUGAUGUACUAUUACUGUGAAUAUGACGUGAUCUACGGGUAUACAGUAUAUUAGUGUAAAAGAAAAACUAAAGAUUUUUCUGGAAGUUAAAAAAAAUUCUGGCACUGGUGUAAAAAAAUAAGAAAAACUUUGCUCACCUCUAAACUCACCACCACUCCAGCACCAUCACCGCCCCAGGAGUCAUCUGCUGGAAAUGCUGAGAUGACUUUGCAUAUAUUGUCCAAUCAUUGGCCUUAGCAGUUACACGCCAUUCAUGUAAGAUAGAUAUCAUUGAAGCACUUCCAGCAGGGGGCACUGGAGUGGUGCUGGAAUGGAGGCAAGUUUAUGAGUGAGUAAAGGGGAUUUAAAGAGUUGGAGAGUUAAAGGUGUAUUCCGGCUUUAUACAUCUUAUCCCCUAUCUAAAGGAUAGGGGAUAAGAUGUAUGAUCGCAGGGGUACCACCGAGGACCCCCGCAAUCUCGGUGCAGCCCCCGUCAUUCUGUGCCAGGCGCUGCCUCCGAGAUGGGGAUGGGAAGUCACAGCCAUGCCUCCUAGUGACGUCACGCCACGCUCCCCCUCCAUUCAUAUCUAUAGGAGGGGGCGUGACAGCCAUCACGCCCCCUCCCAUAGACAUGAAUGGAGGGGGCGUGGCCGUGACUUCAUGUCCCCGUCUUGGAGGCAGCGCCUGGCACAGAAUGCCUUGGGCUUCACUUAGAUUGUAGGGGUCCCAAGCAGGACCACUGCUAUCAUACAUCUUAUCCUCUAUAAGAUGUAUAAAGCCGGAAUACCCCUUUAAAGUCAGUAAAGCAAAAGUUAAAACAGCAGGUGGAUAGGUUUUAUUUUUUUAUUUAUAGAAAUAUUACCUUUUUUAGUCAGUUAUGGCAGUCAUUUUGGUGACUACAGGAACGGCAGCCGUAUUGGUUGUCAGCUGCAAAAAUGUCUGCCACAACUGAAUAGAGAGUUUCCAAUAUCUCCGUAUAUAAAAGAUGUAGUAACACACUUUGGCUUCAGCUAUAAAUUCUGAUUUAUUUUUAUAUGACCACUUUAAUGAUUUGCAAGAGAACAAGUAAAUCCAGCUUUACUGCAGUCACCUGGGGCACGUACACAGGGCAGGGCAGGCACAGCCAACGUUGCACAGUAACACAUAGAAUCCAUGGUUAAAGCAACAAUUCAAAAAACAGUUUUUGGUUUCCGCAACACAGAAGAACACAAGGAACCUACGCAUUUCAGACCUAUACGAACCUUAGUCAUGGCCUCUUUAAUGUUUUACUUUAACCCUGUUAACAACUGGUUAAACCAUGACAUCCAUGGUCUAUAGGUGGUGGUUAGCAUUUAGAUAACAUUAACUUUUCAUAUGAUGGAAAUUUUGAAGAUGUUUUAUUACUUACAUGUAUCUGUCCUUCAGUACAAAUGUACCCUGAAUAAAUACCUACUUUACA